GCGUGAUCGCAAUGCAUCGCUGCUGUAGCGGGUGCAUGCACAUCAAAGCCCUGGGUAUGGCAGAGCUGAUGCGUGUAUGAGCCGAGCACUGCUGCGCACUUCCAGGAUCGAGCUCUCGAUGCAGAUCUAAUCAUGUCAAGCGGACAGGACGAGAGCGCAGUGCGCGUGGCGCUCAGGAUUCGUCCUCAGCUGGCAAAGGAAAAGAUUGAGGGAUGUCACAUCUGCACAUUUGUGACCCCUGGCGAACCCCAGGUGGUUCUGGGAAAGGACAAGGCCUUCACGUAUGACUAUGUGUUUGACAUGGACUCGACGCAGGACACCAUCUAUGCCAACUGCACUGAGAAACUCAUCGAAGGAUGUUUUGAGGGUUAUAAUGCCACUAUUUUUGCCUACGGACAGACAGGGUCGGGGAAGACGUAUACGAUGGGCACGGGCUUUGACGUGACCAUAUCAGACGAGGAGCUGGGCAUCAUCCCGCGGGCGGUCGGUCACCUCUUUAAAGGCAUCGAGCAGAGACGGCAGACGGCCGCAGAUCAGGGUCGACCCGUCCCAGAGUUCAAGAUCAGCGCACAGUUUCUGGAGUUGUAUAAUGAAGAGGUGUUAGAUCUUUUCGACACCACACGUGACAUUGAGAUGAAGAAGCAGAAAUCUCACAUUAAAAUCCACGAGGACGCCAGCGGCAGCAUCUACACUGUAGGCGUGACAACACGCACAGUCUCCUCAGAGGCGGAAAUGAUGCAGUGUCUGAAGCUGGGCGCUCUCUGCCGCACCACUGCUAGCACUCAGAUGAAUGUACAGAGCUCUCGAUCUCACGCCAUCUUCACCAUUCACAUCUGCCAAGUGCGUGUUUGUGCACCCGCAGAAAGCCCUCCAGAGCAGGACAAUGAAACCGACAAUCGACUGGCCAACAGCUCGUCUGAGAUGGAAGAGUUUGAAACCCUCACAGCCAAGUUUCACUUCGUGGAUCUGGCUGGAUCAGAGAGACUCAAGAGGACGGGGGCCACAGGGGACCGAGCCAAAGAGGGCAUCUCCAUUAACUGUGGAUUGCUGGCAUUAGGGAAUGUCAUCAGUGCUUUAGGAGACAGAAGCAAACGUUCUUGCCUUAUUGCCUUAAGCCUUCCUUUGUUCCGCAGACCUGGACAUUCUCUCCGGUUUCUUAGUCGAACAGUGAUGAUCUCCUGCACCAGCCCAUCAGAUCAGGACUUCAUGGAAACCCUAAACACACUGAAGUACGCUAACAGAGCUCGCAACAUCAAGAACAAGGUGGUGGUGAACCAAGACAAGGCCAGCCAGCAGAUCAGUGCACUCAGGACGGAGAUCGCCCGACUGCAGAUGGAGCUCAUGGAGUACAGAACGGGGAAGCGUAUGGUCGGAGAGGAUGGGCUGGAAAGCAUCAACGACAUGUUCCAUGAGAACUCAAUGCUGCAGAUAGAGAACAAUAAUCUGCGCAUGCGCGUGAAGGCCAUGCAGGAAGCCAUCGAUGCUCAGGGCGCUCGGCUCACGCAGCUGCUCAGUGAACAGGCCAAUCAGGUGCUCUCCAGAGCAGGUGAAGGCAGUGAGGAGAUUGGAAAUAUGAUUCAGAAUUACAUCAAGGAGAUUGAGGAUCUGAGAGCCAAACUUCUGGAGAGUGAAGCAGUGAAUGAAAACCUGAGGAGAAACCUCACGCGAGUGUCCAGCCGUCCGCUGUUUUACGGAUCGUCUGGAACAUUCUCUCCAGCCCUGCUGGGGCCCGACCCGAGCCAAGAGACUUCCGACAUCAUUGAGAUCGCCAAGAAAGAUCUGGAGAAACUGAAGAGGAAGGAGAAGAAGAAAAAGAAGAGACUCCAGCAGCUGCUGAGUGACAAGCGAGAGGAGGAUGAGGAGGAAGAGGUGGAGGAAGACAGUGCCAACAGAGAUGAAACACAUGACGGCGGACAGAAGAUUAGCGAGAGAGAGCAGUUAGAAUCCACCAAUCAAGAGCCAGAGAUGGAGGCCAGUGACCGUGAGGAGGGGGAUGGAGAGGAAGACGAGGAGGACGUUGAGGAAGAGGAAAUGGAUGCGGAGGAGAGCUCAGAUGAGUCUGACUCUGACCUGGAUGAGAAGGAGGACUUCCAGGCAGAUCUGGCCAACAUCACGUGUGAGAUCGCCAUCAAGCAGAAGCUGAUCGAUGAGCUUGAGAACAGUCAGAGACGCCUGCACACGCUCAAACAACAGUAUGAGCAGAAACUCAUGAUGCUGCAGAGCAAAAUCAGAGACACGCAGCUGGAGCGAGACCGUGUGCUGCACAACAUGGGCUCUGUGGAGUCAUGCUCUGAGGACAAGACCAAACGGAUAAAAGCAGAGUACGAGAAGAAACUCGGCGUCAUGAACAAAGAGCUCCAGAAACUACAGGCGGCUCAGAAGGAACACGCUCGUCUACUGAAGAACCAGUCACAGUACGAGAAGCAACUGAAGAAGCUACAGCUGGAUCUGGCGGAUAUGAAGAAAACCAAAGUGCGUCUGAUGAAGCAGAUGAAGGAGCAGCAGGAGAAGAGCAGGAUGGCCGAAUCCCGCAGGAACCGAGAGAUCGCCACACUUAAGAAGGACCAGCGCAAACAAGAGCAUCAGCUAAAACUGCUUGAAGCUCAGAAGAGACAACAGGAACUUAUCCUGCGCAGGAAGACUGAGGAGGUGACCUCUCUGAGGAGACAGGUGCGACCCAUAUCAGGAAAGGUCACACGAAAGGUGAACCUGCUGGAGGCAAGCCAGGACCUCUCUCACAGACCACCUGCAGGUCGCACAUACUCGGCCUCAGGAGCACCUAAUGGAGCCAGAUUGUACCAUCGCAGGCCGGUUGGGGCGUACUCUACCCGAGUGGCUCGUGGGAAAUGGCAGAGUCUGGAACGCCGUGUCUCAGAUAUUAUCAUGCAACGCAUGACCAUUUCCAACAUGGAGACCGACAUGAAUCGUCUUCUAAAGCAACGUGAAGAGCUGACGCGCCGGCGGGAUAAGAUCGGCAGAAAGAGAGAGAGACUGCUGGCAGAAGAACCGGAGGUAGAAAAAGACGUUCAGUCUCUGAAUGAGGAGCUGGAGUCUCUGCUGGCCAACAUCGACUACAUCAACGACAGCAUCUCUGACUGCCAGGCCAACAUCAUGCAGAUGGAGGAAGCCAAGGAGGAGGGUGAUGCUGUUGAUGUCUCGGCUGUGGUUGGUUCCUGCACUCUGUCUGAAACUCGAUUCCUACUGGAUCAUUUUAUGUCCAUGGCUAUCAACAAGGGUCUGCAGGCUGCUCAGAAGGAAUCUCAGAUAAAGGUGUUGGAAGGGCGUCUCAAGCAAACUGAGAUCAACAGUGCCACCCAAAACCAGCUGCUCUUCCACAUGCUGAAAGAGAAGGCAGAGUUUAACCCAGAACUGGAUGCGUUGUUGGGGAACGCUCUGCAAGAAAAUGGUGAUGACAGUAGUAGCGACGAGUCGACCCUAAGUCCUGCAGUGGAAGGAAACACCCUGGCCUCAGACCUCAUGAAGUUAUGUGGCGAGACUAAAUCUAGGACUAAGGCCCGAAGAAGGACCACUACUCAGAUGGAGUUACUCUAUGUAAACAACUGUGACUCUGGCCCCGACACACCAACAAGAGACUUCUCCGUUCCUCUACACCCAAUGGCUGAGACAUUCGAGGGAGCUGGAGACCUGGAGUCAGCUGGAAAUACAGUCAGAGAUCGGGACUACAUGCUCCCUGCUGCUGGCUUGUCCUCUAGAAUGGGCAGUAUUAGCAGCUCUGGCAACAGACUUCCAGCAGGUGGGCAAAAGAGAGUCCUGGAACCAUCCCCUCUGUCUCGCAGGAAGACUUAUGACAGGGGACAAUCCCUGGCUGACAAGGCCAAAGCCAAAGAGAUCACACAAGGUGUCAUCAACCCUGUUCCUGUGUCGAAGAGCAGUCGUGGUGGCUCACUGCAGUGUAUUCAUAUAGCCGAGGGUCACAGUAAAGCUGUACUGUGUGUUGACUCCACAGAUGACCUCCUAUUCACUGGGUCAAAAGACCGGACUUGUAAGGUGUGGAACCUGGUCACGGGACAGGAGAUCAUGUCUCUAGGCGGCCACCCCAACAAUGUGGUAUCUGUGCGUUACAGCUCCAGCUUGGUGUUCACGGUCUCCACCUCCUACAUCAAAGUCUGGGACAUCCGUGACUCCGCAAAGUGCAUCCGGACACUCACAUCGUCGGGUCUGGUGAACACUGGUGACACAUGUGCAGCCAGUACGAACCGCACCGUGACCAUCCCGGCCGGCGAGAACCAGAUCAACCAGAUCUUUCUGAACCCGUCUGGAACUGUUCUCUAUGCUGCCGCAGGCAACUCUGUUCGUGUGUGGGACCUGAGACGAUUUGUGUGUACCGGGAAACUGAUGGGUCAUCUGGGUCCGGUCAUGUGCUUGACUGUUGAUCAGACUGGGAAUGGACAGGAUCUAGUUAUCACGGGCUCCAAGGAUCACUACAUCAAGAUGUUUGAUGUGACAGAGGGUGCUGUAGGUAGUAUCAGCCCCACUCAUAACUUCGAACCGCCCCACUACGAUGGCAUCGAGUCCCUGGUGGUUCAGGGAGAUUGUCUGUUUAGCGGCUCCAGAGACAACGGCAUUAAGAAAUGGAACCUGACCCGCAAGGACCUACAGCAGCUGGUACCCAACGCUCAUCGUGACUGGGUGUGUGCUCUGGGUGUCGUGCCGGCGUCUCCCAUGCUUUUGAGCGGCUGUAGAGGAGGAGUUCUCAAACUCUGGCACACGGACACACUGAGUCCGAUGGGAGAACUCAGAGGCCACGAGAGCCCCAUCAACAGCAUCUCAACCAACAGCAGCCAUCUGUUUACUGCAUCAGAUGACCGCACAGUGAAGAUCUGGCGUGCCAGAGGAAGUCUGGAUGGCGCUGCAGAUGUGGCCGAUGCGAUCGACGAGGCCGUCAGUAACUGAAGACUCCUUCAAUGCCAACUCAACUGCAGUGUUACCAUGGUACCGCAGCUGCCAAAGACAUUUGCACUUUGACCCCACUGAUUAAAAUCCAGUUGACAUCCUCCACACACAUCCCGACAGAAUCUACUCAAAUCGGAAUCUUCUCACUGUGGUUCCUUUGGACGUUUCCCAGAGUUCAUUGUGUCUUUAGUGAUGCCCCACAAUUAGGCAAAGUCAACGUCACAUGCUAAAUAAAGCUCUUUGUCCUUACAAUAACCAUGUCAGCUGGGUUGAUUCUAGCAAUCAAGAAGAUGGCGGUGGAAACAGUCAUGUUGACGUAGAGUUCUGUAGGACGUUUGAGGAAGAGGAACCGGAUCUCCUGUAGCUGGCUUCAGUUUUCUGGUUCAUGGGGCAUUAUGGAGCACUAGAGAGUCUAAGGACUAACUGGGUCAAUCUCACUAUAACAUAUCCAGGUCAUAGUUCACCUCAAAAUAUUACAAAAG